CACGAGCUCACGAUCGGGCCGUUGCAACCCCAUGCGCUUCUUUUGCUCAUGAGCGGAGCUGCGCUCUUGGUACGAGGAGGUCCUGCCGGCGCAGUUGCAGAGCUGAUCAUUCUGUCAGACCUCGAUCACACCUGGUGAACUGAUUUUUGUUUGUGUGAAGGGCUUAAGUUUUGUUUUCGCAAGUGUUCGGGCCGUUCGCAUGGUUCGUUUGGCCCGCCGGUGGGAUGGCCUCGCUGUGGUGCAGAAGAGGCUUCGUAAGGAGGGCCGGGCUUGGAUUCGAGAACCAGAUUCCAAGGAGAAGGAACCUGUUGAUGGUGCAGAGUCUGAUCAGGCCGAAGACUCUGGCCCACCUCUGAAUGCCGACUGCCUGAAAUACAACGACACCAUCCUGUGGGAGAUGUUUCAUUGCUGGUGCUUUAAACCAAAGCCAACAGUUGAUAAAAUUGAGGCUGAGGUGAACGCCCUCUUCGAGAUUUCCGAGUACAGGCCGCACCCCAAACAGGCCUACAAAGAUGCCUGGACGUUGAAGCGCUUGUGGGGGUACGCACAGCGUCGGCAAAGAGCCGCUGAGAAGAGAAAUCAAACACCACGGCAACCUAGGUUGAACUAUCAAUUUUUCCUUAUGUGCUAGUUCAUGAACCGUAGCUCAAAUCCAAAAAGCAUUCGAUGGAACGGCCUGGCGAACUAUACAACUGCUCAAUGAGGAUGCUGGGACGCGGCUACUCUUCGCGAAGAUCAAAGAGGUUUGUGAACAACAGCAUCGUUUCGGCCGCCGUUUCAUCAAGAGUCCUGCCAGAGACCAGCUGCAGGAAGAGGGUGAGGGGCCUCACGAUCAGCCCCAUGCCCACGAAGACCGCUUGGGUGCCAAGGAGGCCGAGACCGACCCCUAUCAGAGUGGAGCCGACCUUGCGCCGUGCGCCAAUGAGGACUCCAAGGAUCCAGCGGCGGAAGAUGAGGAUCUAGAAGUGUUGUCAUUUGUUCCAGCUCCCAAGAGCAAGGUUCAUGAACUGCAAAUGGAGCUCAUCAACUUGCAAAGGGAGAUUUCCAAAAGGCUAUCAAAAGGUUUCUAGCCUUGAGCAUUGAAGCAUUUUUGGCGGGGUUUGGAGAUGCUUUUGAAAAACAGCGGAAAAUAUGGAAACCCAUCAGCCCACGCCGCCGGCCC